AUGGAACUACUCAAGGAUUACGAUUGCAACAUUCUGUACCACUCGGGGAAAGCGAACAGAGUGGUGGACGCAUUCAGUCAAAAGUCAACCAUAGCAUGUUUAUUGGUUAAAGGAUGGUCUUUACUCGAAGGACUAAGGGAUUCUGAAUUUAAGUUGGAGGUUUAUCGGCUUUCGAGUUUGAUAGCAACCUUAAGGAUUGAACCCGAAAUCCGAGAACAAAUCAAUGCUUUGCAAGCUGCGGAUCCCGAGACUCAGAAAAUCCUCGAGGUGGACAUCAAGAAAAGAAAACCCAAGUUUCAAGUGUUAGGAGAUGGGAUUUUGAAAUUUUGUGGAUGUGUACCUAUUGACAAGGUGCUUAAAGAAAGGAUUUUAUCCAAAGCUCAUAGGAGCAAUUACGGUAUUCACCCUGUUAGCACAAAAAUGUAUCAAAAUUUACGUCGGCACUACUGGGAGAAUGGAAUGAAGGUGGAUGUAGCUAAGUAUGUUGCAAAGUGUUUGACGUGCCAACAAGGAAAGGCGCGAUAUUGUAAGCCUAGUGGAUUACUCUAG